AUGUCUGAUCAAAAGCCAGGACUCGUUGCAGCACACCUCAACUAUGCGAAAGGGGCCGCAGAGGAAACAAUCGGCAAUGUGACAGGAUCACAAGACUGGCAAAAGUCAGGCAAGAACGACCAGUCUGCUGCACGCGAUGACAUGAAGGCUGCAUCGAAUGCGAGUACCGACCCAGCAGCUCGUCAGCCUAAUGGCAGUUUGGCGCGCGAAGGUGGCCUUGAGAGCAAAAUUGGUUCGCUUGUUGGGUGUGAGGGUAUGGAACAGGUUGGUGAAGAGAAGAAGACUCAAGCUGGAAAAUGGCGACAACAACCAGCUAUAUCUGCUUCCACUUUCUUACAAUGGCUUUUCCUUAUUGCUGCUCUGAUGCUUGUCGCUACACCUCAGCAAGCUCCUCUUCGCUCUCCAGAACACGCCCGUGAAAGUGCGCGUGAUCCAUUGACACCUUCAUCCAUCAUCGCUUCUCCAUACCCUGAUCUAUUGCUCUCUCUCAAAGAUCUCGAGCCAGCACAUAAAGAGCUCGCCUUGAGACUACAGCGUCUAUCACCAGCUUGUCCAGCUUCUUCAUUCUGGUCAAAUGACCCAGUCACUGCAACGGCAUACCCAAAAGCCUUCAACUUCGAUGCACUCUUAGAAACCUUCCCUGCCUGGCUUCGUCGACAUGGCCACCAAAGCGUGUCAUUGACAUGUAUCGUCUUUCGCUCGACCCUUGCACCCGGUGCUAUGAGUCGAUCUACCCAACAAACGACAGCUGCAGACGCGCAAGAGACACUAUUAGCGGCCCUGUAUAGGCUUGACAAGGAAGCAUAUCAAGAAGCACUCUCACACGUGGGCGGACUCUUGAAAUACUGGUUCGGUACAACCGCCGCUGCUGCUACCACCUCUCUGAACAAGACAACAAUAGAGAUGAGGCCUGCAGAGAUGGCGUUGUCUAGGUCACGACAGAAUCUGGCGACAUGUUUAUGGGUGUCUGCGGAUCAUGCACGACGCGCUGCUACGUUGCCUGCGCAUCGACAAGCACAGGCACUCGUGAAGCAAGGUGUGUAUAGCAAUUGGCGUGUUGAGCGGUGGUUACUGACGGUGAAUCAAUCAGGCCAUGCUUUUCAAGAUCUCGGAGCAUGUCAUUGA